ACAGCCGACCGAGGCCUGGCCCAGACCGCAGGCCCCGAGGGACAGAGCCCGGCGCUCACCAGGCUGCCAGGACUGUGCUGGGGUGAGCACCCCGUCCUUGGGUCCAUGUGCCCACCCCAGGCCCAGGCAGAGGUGGGUCCCACCAUGACAGAGAAAGCCGAGAUAGCGCGUGCUCCCAGCCCAGCGCCUGCCCCGCCCCCUAAAUCUGCUUCACCGGGGCCCUUGCCCCCAGAAGAGCUGGACCACAGGGGCGUCUCCCCCACCAGGCUGCCCCCGGGUGUGCCAGUGAUCAGCCUUGGUCACACCAGGCCCCCAGGGGUGGCCGUGCCCACGGCGGAACUGAGCGCCCUUCGGCCACCCUUGCUGCACCUCUCAAGCCUGGGAACUGCCCCGCCCGCCCUGGCCCUGCAUUACCACCCUCACCCCUUCCUCAACAGUGUCUACAUUGGGCCGGCAGGACCUUUCAGCAUUUUCCCCAGCAGCCGGCUGAAGCGGAGACCCAGCCACUGUGAGCUGGACCUGGCUGAGGGGCACCAGCCCCAGAAGGUGGCGCGGCGCGUGUUCACCAACAGCCGCGAGCGCUGGCGGCAGCAGAACGUGAAUGGUGCCUUCGCUGAGCUCAGGAAACUGCUGCCGACUCACCCGCCCGACCGGAAGCUGAGCAAGAACGAGGUGCUCCGCCUGGCCAUGAAGUACAUCGGCUUCCUGGUGCGACUGUUGCGCGACCAGGCAGCCGCCCUGGCCUUAGGUCCCGCCCUGCCUGGGCCGCGAAAACGGGCCGCGCACCGAGGCCCCGGCUCGGGACACAGCGCCGAGGCGGCUGCGGCGGCGCGCGCGCAGCCCUUGGUGCCGGUGGACUCCGACGGCAGCGGGGUGGCCCGGCCCAUCAAAAUGGAGCAAGUAGCCCAGAGUCCGGAGGUGCGGUGACCUUAUGCGGCGGCGGCGUCUCUGAGCCGGAGGGCCCUGGAAACUCAGUCCAGAGCCGUUCAGGCAAAGGGUGGACGCCGCGCAUCGCUGCUCUGAAACGAGCCCCUUGGACGACAGAGGAGUGAGGACGUCUCCAAAAGGGGAGCGGUCCUGGGGAUCUGAAAAGGGCAACUGUCGCCCCCAGGGUCCCUGCAGGCUGUUUUUUAAAAACCGCUGGAAGUAGCCUUGCUUGUGCUCCCGUCCUGGGGGCUAGGUCAUGGAACAGGUUAAGUGGUCUCGGACUCA